CGUAGAGAUAAAUAAAAUCGAUACUAAGGCGCCACAGUCAUAACACUACGUAGAUUCGUUUUCUUGUUUUAUGCUUAGUUCAUUUUGUGCACUGGGGAUAACAACAAUAAUUUUAAUUGUUUAAAUGGAUAAGCCACAGGUCAACGAUGAAAACGCCCCCAAAAGUAAUAGGGAGUCUUAUCCCCCUUCCUAUGCGUCGGUAGUAACCAAUCAACCAACACCUGGCUUUGAACCAACUGUUUAUACACAUUUGACAUCGCCUAUGGCUGGAAUUGACAUACUAAGAAAUUUAGAUUAUUUAUCAAUAGAACGAUCAGCCAGUAUAAGACAAGCUUUUCAAGACAACUUUAUGAUGGAACGUUACAAAAUUUUGGACAACCAAUCACAAGUUUUGUAUAAAGUUCAAAGAAAAUUAAAACUUGAAUUUAUUUGCAGACAGUAUACUUUUCAAUGUUUAGAUCAGUACGAAAAUGAUGUUUUACAUUUGGAAAGAAAUAUUUAUGUGAGAGGUGUUUUUUUAGUUGAUCAGGACAUAAAGGUGAUUAUCCCUCCAAAUAUCCACUUGGGUACCAUAGAAUGGGCCAGAAUGGGCAUUUUCAGUCCUCAGUUUUCUGUAAAAGACGCCCAAGGAAAUUUGCUUUUCCUCAUUAUCGGUCAAUUGGACUGUUCGUGCUGCGCGCGCAUAGUUUUCACUAUUCAAGAAAAUGAAGCACCUAUUGGAAAAAUACAAUACAAAAAUAUGUAUGAAACAGAAUGCCAAUUUCCUGUACAUUUGACAACAGUGCAAAAAGCGCUUUUGUGUGGGGCAACAAUGUUGAUUAAAGAUGUUAUUUUCGAAAGAAAAUGAAGACAUUAAUAUCAUUAUCCAUAUAUAUC